AGUCAUCACAGCCAAUCAACUCGCCUGCUCUUCGGAUUUGGCUCCUGUGGCUCUCGCUCCUCUCCUUACCGUUCUAAUUCUACUUCCUCCUACUCCGCCGCGCCUCUCCCAUUCCUCUCCCCCUUCACCAGCUAAUUAACUUAACUGACCGGGCGGCCUGCCACCGGCGGCGAGAGCUCGCACUGCCUAGAUCGUCCAUGGCCACCACUUUGACGGCCGGGUGCGGCUCCCUCCCGCGCUCCUCCUUCUGCGGCAGCUGGGCCACCGGCGAAUGCGGCGUGGCCGAGCUGUCGCGGUCGGUGGCGUCGGUGCGGGUGGCAAGGCCGCAGCGGUCGUGGCCGAGGAUGGGGAACGUGAACGAAGGGAAGGGGCUGUUCGCUCCGGCAGUGGUGUUGGUGCGCAACAUCGUCGGCCGCAAGCGGUUCAACCAGCUCCGGGGCAAGGCCAUCGCUCUCCACUCCCAGGUGAUCAAUGAGUUCUGCAAGACCGUUGGGGCGGACAAUAAACAGAGGCAAGGAUUGAUCAGGUUGGCCAAAAAGAAUGGAGAAAAGCUUGGAUUUCUGGCAUGAUAUCGCACACCAUCGAUCUCAAGAUCAGGAGAUGCAUGUAAUUGAAGUCGUAUGAAAUUAACUUUUGUUGCAAAAGUUUUCGUUUAAAUAUAUAGGGCCAUGUAUAAUAUUCGGAUUGGAUGAGUCGUCCAUCAAAGAUGAAACUUUGUUUCUGGUCGCGAAAUAUUCUAGCAACAGGAAGGUUUAUCUAUUACUUAA